UUUGCACUGCAUUGUGGGAUUUUAACUGAACUCACAAUCAUGGCGUCUCGUGUCCUAGCCAAAUGUGUCCGCUCGGUAGCCAGGCAGUCAGUGAAGUUAAGCCAAGGUAGUUUUGCAGUGAAAGCUGCAACGGGAGCACGACCCAUACAGCAUCCAUUCUCCGUCCUUUCAUGCAGCAAAAAAACACGACAGAACGAUCUCAUAUGGGUGUCCAGCUCACAGCUUCAGCCCUGUAGACUGUAUGGAGAUUUGCCACCUCUUACUCUUGAAACAAUCAAGGAUCGGGUCCUUUAUGUGCUGAAGCUGUACGACAAGAUAAACCCAGAAAAACUUGAAACCACAUCUCAUUUUAUGAAAGAUUUGGGGUUGGACAGCUUGGACCAGGUGGAGAUUAUUAUGGCCUUGGAAGAUGAAUUUGGGUUUGAGAUCCCAGAUGCAGAAGCUGAGAAGCUGAUGUCUCCUCAGGAGAUUGUACAUUAUAUUGCUGAUAAGAAGGAUGUGUAUGAAUAAAGGAGCUUUUGCCUGUAGUAAGAUAUUUUCCACCUCUUUGUCUGCUCAAAUUUAAUGUCAUUUUCAGUAUGUUACUUUGUGAUGGAAAGUUCAGACACCACCUGAAAUCCAUUCAGUGUAAUAUCUAUGCUGUUUUUGUGAAUACUAAUUAUAGGUUUGAAUAUAAAAUAUCUUGUGAAUGUGGAAAAUCUGUCUGUAUGGUGCAGUUAUUUUUUGAAAGUCAGUUUUGUAGUGUGGCAGUUUUUUUUCUCAUGCAAAUGCUAUAACUGUAUUUCUUUUAACUCCAGAUGGGUAGAUGUCACCCACCCAACCCCUCAAUAUGACUUGGCUCUAAAGCAAAUGGAUCUGCAUUUAUGUUUAAGUUUAAUAAAAAAUAAAUAAAUGGU